ACCUUUCGCUACUUGUCAACAAACGUGGCAUAAGCACUUACGUACGUACGCUCAAAUCUCUUUCUCUUUCUCUUUCUCUUUCUCCCCCUUCAGCUUCACCGUUUUUUCCCUCCCACAUAUUCGCCUAUCCAUUUUUCUCUUAAUUUUUUUAAUUUCUUUAAUUAGGACUUAUUUAAUUUAAUCAAUCAAUCAAUCAAUCAAUUAAUCAAAAAAAGCAAAAACCAAUUUUGUCUUCGCCGUUAAACAGAAAAUGGUGGAUUCAGAGCGAAUCCAAAACCCAUGGAUGUCUUCCGAACAUACUUCAAUUCAAAUGAAUCCCAACGCCAACGCAAUUCCACGAUUUUCUUCUCCCUCCAAAUCAUCGUUAAAUAAUGAUAAAUUAGGUGUUGCUGAACGCGCUUUCUCCGCCGCCGGUGCCGCCGUACUCUCCGCCGUCAUUGUCAAUCCCCUUGAUGUUGCCAAGACAAGGUUGCAAGCACAAGCUGCAGGGGUAGCUUAUUCUCAUCCGCUCAGUAAUUUGAACAGUAGAAUGUCUUGUUUCGGCCCAAAUAUGAUGUUUGCUGAUUUAAGAUGUUCUCCAUCAUGUACCCGGGCUGGACUACAUGGCACCGUAUCACUCUGUCCACCCGAUUGUUUUCGGUACAAAGGAACACUGGAUGUCAUGUAUAAAAUUAUACAACAGGAAGGAUUUAGUAGGCUAUGGAGAGGCACAAAUGCAGGCCUGGCACUUGCAGUACCGACUGUUGGAAUUUACCUUCCUUGCUAUGACAUAUUCCGCAAUUGGUUCGAGGAAUACACAACCAAAAGUGCUCCAGCCGCAACUCCAUAUGUACCUUUAGUGGCUGGUUCGUUGGCACGCUCACUUGCUUGUGCAACUUGUUAUCCUAUUGAACUUGCCAGAACUCGCAUGCAGGCAUUUAAAGAGACACAAAUUGGUAAAAAGCCACCUGGAGUAUACCAGACUUUGGCAGGUGUUGUCAAUGUCAAGGGGACAAAUAGACCACCAAACAGCUUGCAAGGUUAUCGUGUGCUGUGGACUGGCAUGGGCGCACAACUUGCUCGUGAUGUACCAUUCUCUGCAAUUUGUUGGUCAACACUUGAGCCAACUAGAAGAAAACUUAUUAGUUUGGUUGGAGGCGAUGAUGCCAGUAUAUUGAGUAUUCUUGGCGCAAAUUUUUCAGCUGGUUUUAUUGCAGGAACUCUAGCGGCUGGAGCUACAUGUCCACUAGAUGUUGCAAAAACUCGAAGGCAGAUAGAGAAGGAUCAUGUCAGAGCAUUGAAGAUGACUACGAGACAGACACUGAUGGAGAUUUGGAGAGAUGGAGGCUUGAAAGGACUUUUUACUGGUUUCGGUCCGCGAGUUGGUCGAGCUGGUCCCUCCGUUGGAAUUGUGGUUUCAUUUUACGAAGUUGUAAAGUUUGCCCUAAAUCACCGGCACACAACAUCAUGACCAGGUCAAUAUUGUGGAUAUUUUUUAUUGCUGAAGCGGCUUUUUUGUUGAGAACCUUUGCAUACUGCGCAGCUAGUUUUUUAUGGAAAGGAAGCAAUUCCAGUACGUUUCUGAUCAUGAAUUAGCGUUCAUGAAUAGAAUAGUAAAAAAAAUGAAUAACCAGUAUAGGAAAACCUCCUAAUUUUUAGGUUUUUGAGCCUUUGACCAGCAGAGUUCAGUUUUGUUACAAUUGGGAUUCUUCCCAAGAUCAAAUUUUGAAUAAAAUUUAAGUUAGUUCAAAAACACCAGGCAUUCAGUGUAAUUUACACUUGACUAUGUAUACACACGGGGAAUGUUAACUGAAUUGUUGAUUCUGUAUAUUAUUCAUUCUACUAUUCUUUUCUUGGUAGAGAAACAAUAAAUGUAUUUGGAUUAUUUUUGCGGCCA